AUGCCUGGAAAGCAUGCCAACAAACACAGCAAAGAGAAGACGAAAUCUGUCAAAUCAAACGAUAACACUAUCGUGACUGCCAAAGCCCCCGACCCUCCACCACAACCUUGGUCUGAUUGGAUUUGGAGCGAGUACCCACCAUGUUACUUCCGCGCCCGCAAGAAUCUAAAAGGAGAAUGGGAAUAUGAUCAUUAUAUACCUGACUUACCAAAAGAGGAUUCAAGCAAAGCUACACCGCGAAGCACACCAACACUCGCUUAUUCUUCGCUGGUCAAGGGUAAUGACUCUUUACAGAGGUUGUAUAAGGAAAAGGAAUCAUACGAGGUUGGCGCGUAUACAUGGUCUCCCGAACCGAUUUGUCUUGAUCUUGAAGUUAUGUCUCUGAAAAUUGGUUAUGAGGAUCCGUCGGCAAGUCCAACUCAACCUCAAGAGCCAACUAGCGAGGCGAAAAAGGUUGCGUUUGAUGGCCACGCCGAUGAGAUCAUUUCGGAGAAAGAGAAUAGCAAAUCGAGAAAAAAGGAGAGGGGAAAGAAGAUCAACGGUGACAGGAAGAAACACCAUAUCUCGAGAUGGAGAGACGAGGUAGAGAAGGAGAGAAGGGAGGAGAGGUGA